CCACCAGGAUGACCGAGGUGACCACUGUCCCCACGGAGACACGCACUCUCCCGAGCGAGUACGGGGACUACCACAACUUCUCUGAGCUGUUCUACCUCCUGAACCACACCUACACCUACUGUGAGUUCAGCCUGGAUGAGAACGUCAAGAGGGUGAUUCUCUUCAUCCUCUACCUGGUCAUCUUCGUGGUGGGCUUGGUGGAGAACCUCCUGGUUAUCUGGGUCAACUGGCAGACCCGGGGCAACAAGAGCUUGGUCAACCUGUACAUCAUCAACAUGGCCAUCGCUGACCUCGGGGUGCUGCUCUCGCUGCCCAUCUGGAUGCUGGAGGUGAUGCUGGAUUACACCUGGCUCUGGGGCAGCUUCCUCUGCCGCUUCACCCACUACUUCUACUUUGCCAACAUGUACGCCAGCAUCUUCUUCCUCACCUGCCUGAGCGUGGAUCGCUACGUGACCCUGAGCAGCUCCUCCCCGUUCUGGCACCGGCAGCAGCACCGCGCGCGCCGCGCGGUCUGCGCCUGCAGCUGGCUCCUGGCCGCCGCCAUCCCCGUGGUGGAGGUGGCUCACAUGCAGCUGGUCAACACCGGGGAGCCCAUCUGCAUCUUCAUGGCCCCCUUCGAGACCUACGACGAGUGGGCACUGGCGGUCAGCUUGGCCACCACCACCAUCGGCUUCCUCAUCCCCUUCCCCGUCAUGGUGGUGUUCAACGUGCUGACGGCGCGCUUCAUCCGGCGCACCAAGCCCGAGAGCCGCAAGCACUGCCUGCUCAUCUACGCCUACAUCGGGGUGUUCCUGCUCAGCUGGCUGCCCUUCCACGUGGUGCUGACGCUGCUCACCCUCGAGGGCAACCACAUCAUCCUCAACUGCACCUUCGCCCACCUCCUCUACUUCUUCUACGACGUCAUAGACUGCUUCACGCUGCUCCACUGCGUCAUCAACCCCAUCCUCUACAACUUCCUCAGCAAGAACUUCCGCAGCAAACUCAUCUCCGCCGUGGUCAAGUACAUCCCAAAGGACCACGGUGGCCAGAAGGGCGCCGGCAGCUCCUCCUCCAGCACACAGCACUCCAUAGUCAUCGCCAAGGACAACAGCCCUCCCAACUAAGGGGGGUCAGACUCUCCCAGCCUCCGUCGUGGUGGCUCUUUGGGGACAGUGGCAUCGGUUUUCCUGCUGCUGAGGACACAAUUUGCUCGGGCACGGCCCUUCUUGGCUGGGCACCUCCCGUGGCAGGAUGAGGUGCAAGGUUUGAGGAGAGCUGGGAGCUAUGGACAUCUUGCCUCUGGGGUGCUGCUGUGUCCAAACUAAAGAAAGGAUAAAAUUAUAUUCCCUGUUUGACAAGUGAAAUAAUAAAGCCUGUUACUCCA